GUUUGCGAAAUAGGAAGCCGAUUCUAGAUUUAAUUUUGUAGUACAGAUAUAGGGCAUAUAUAACAGAUAUACGGCAUGUAGGGCAGAUAUAGGGGCUCUAUGGCAAAUAUAGGGGAUGUAGGGCAGAUAAUACAGGGCUGAGAUAGAGCAAUUUGCUUUGGCAAUGUAAACGUGUUUCCCAUGCCAAUAAAACCAUUUGAAUUUAAUUUAGUUGAGAGAGAGAGAGAGAGAGAGGGGGAGAGGGAGAGAGAGAGAGAGCGAGACAUUAAAUGCUAACAGGAGGAUAACGUCACUAGCUCCCAAAUGUAGGCAUGUUGGUCUGGAGAAAAAGGCUCGCAGCUCUGUUAUCCGUGGUCACAGAGAGCGUGGGGGAGGAAGACACUUGGACCAAGGAGUCGUGUGGGUAGAAGAAACACACCGGCGUUAUCCAAAAGGAAAACUUCUACCCCAAAGACAGCGGUUUUCCAAAAAAUCUUUAGGCUAGUUUAAUUUUUUAUUGGAAAGCGAGCAUAUUGAACGCCGGACGUUUUGCACAACUUGGAAAACCUAUUCAUCCUGAAGAGAAGACUUGUGUAACCAGGCCUGAGGGGACCGUUUGUCUCGGACUCUUCUUCAAGAAUCCACACAAAAGGUGUGUAGUUGGUGAGAAGCCAGCUGGCUGGCCUUGGAGACACUCCUUCACUACGAUGUAGAGUCCAGAAGAGAGAGAACGAGAGAGCGAGAUAAAGAGAGAGAGAGUGUGUGAACAACAGACACUCCGGCUGGAAGAGAAACUGAAAGCGGGACCCCAUCCUUCACCCUUUCCCCUCUUCCUGAAGACCCUGAGGACUUGAACCUUCACCUUUGACCCCACCUGUGUAACCACUGGGCGGGAAAAGACAUCACCAGGAACACUUCAGAACCACUUCAAACAUCAUCAUCACCAUGUGCCACGUGAUCGUGACCUGUCGCUCCAUGCUGUGGACUCUACUCAGCAUCGUGGUCGCCUUCGGAGAGCUCAUCGCCUUCAUGAGCACCGAUUGGCUGGUGGGCUUCCCCCGGACACCGGACGCUGUCUUCGGCCCUCAUGGUGCCACAGCGGCUGGCGAGGCCUACCGGCCCACCCUGGGCAUCUACGGCCGCUGCAUCAAGCUGCCCCACUUGCGGCGCGGUGUGCUGUGUGGGCCUUACGCCGUGCACUUUGGGGAGAUCGCCAGCGGGUUCUGGCAGGCGGCGGCCAUCUUCCUGGCGGCGGGUAUCCUGCUGCUGUGUGCCGUGGCCUUCAUCUCUGUCUUCACCAUGUGCUUCCAGAGCAUCAUGAAGAAGAGCAUCUUCAACGUGUGUGGACUGCUGCAGGCCAUCGCAGGUCUGUUUCUGAUCCUGGGUCUGAUGCUGUACCCUGCAGGCUGGGGUUCAGACAAGGUGCAGCUGUACUGUGGUCAGGACGCGGCUCCCUACCAGGCAGGGCUGUGUACCAUGGGCUGGGCCUUCUACACAGCCAUGGGAGGCACCGUGCUCACUUUCAUCUGCGCUGUGUUCUCAGCCCAGGCCGAGAUCGCCACGUCCUCAGACAAGGUGCAGGAGGAGAUCGAGGAAGGCAAGAGCCUAAUCUGCCUGCUCUGAGAUGGACCAGGAGGGGAGAAGGAGAGGAAUGUCAAGUCCCACCCCCCUCUUCUCCACUCUGGGUUCCAGCUGUCAAUCAAACGGAAGCCCCCAUGUUGUUUACCACUAAGACGGACUCUCUGACCUUUGACCCUGUAUUGUUGUUAUUGUUCAUGUGGGAGAAAUCUACAGUGCCAAGCUUUUCACAAACCUGUGCUUCAAUGUAUUUCCUCUCCCCGCCACCAGAGGUGAUGUCUGUCUGUGUUCUGUAUGUUGUUAUUUCUAAUGUGUGCCAGUACCAGCUACCCUGACACCAGUAUGUGUGUAUUGUAAAUAAGUGUGUAUAUACUGUACAUAGUGAUGAUGAUGAUGAUCUGAGAAUGGUGGUCCUCAGCUCUGUUCAGGCUGUGUUUUAAAUUAGUGUCACUCUUGCUUUGAAUACUGGUGUGAUGAGGACAACACCUAAAGACCAGCCUUCCUGGUGCUAAUCUUCUGUUGUACCAUAAAACUCCAGGUAGAAGUUGCCCCUAACUACAGAUCUAGUAUCACAUUACCCAACCCCAAAUCAUAACCUGAACCACGAGAAGGAUCAAAUAAUAUCGUAUCCCAGACCCGCAGUUAGAGGUAACUUCUACCAGCUCCAGCUUAAACCAGGUGUGAGUAACUCUACAAGGGAACCACUACUCAGUCAAGUAAACUACUCACAGACAUGGCCUUAGUUUAGCAUGGAAUCAUGAUGUCCGUAAAGCUUACAGAAUGUACUGUCAAUUGAAAUGACCAAUGUAUGUCUUCUUGGACCCUUGAACUGUAUUGAUGGGACGGACACCUACACAGGCCACGGUUACACACGGACUGAAUGAUCUAGCUGAGAAAGACUUGGACAACGAUACACACAAGUAUUCCUAUUGGUGUCUUCCUUUUAGUGUCUUGUUUCAGGAAGGACUCCUAUUCCUGCAACACCAAGGCAGGUCAGUUAUUCCUACAACACCAGCCACAGCGCUGGAGAGAAACUGUUGAGACUUGUGUUGUUGCGUCAUCAUCUGACUACCACAGCUCCCCAGUCUGUCUCUCUGCCAAACCAAUAAAAACAGAAAGAAAAACACA